AUGGCGCUUAGUGUGGGAUUUGUGACAACUUUGUUUUUGCUUAUCUUAUGUUUCAAAAGAAAACUCAAAUGGCCAACUAAGACAAAGAACUGUAACAAUGUUGAAAACUUUCUAAAAAAUCAUGAAUUACUCGCGAAAAGGUACUCUUAUUUGCAAGUAAAAAAGAUGACAAACUCCUUCGAAGUCAAACUAGGUCAAGGAGGCUUUGGUUCUGUGUAUAGAGGAGUUCUAAGCGAUGGAAAUCUGGUGGCCGUGAAGGUUUUAAGCGAAUCAAAAGGUAAUGGUGAAGAUUUCAUAAAUGAAGUUGCAAGUAUUGGUAAGACUUCCCAUGUAAAUGUCGUAAGUCUUCUGGGAUUUUGCUUUGAGGGCCAUCAAAGAGCAUUGAUCUAUGAGUUCAUGCCUAAUGGAUCACUUGAGAAGUUCAUAUAUAACCAGGCUUCAUCGAGUAAUAGCCAACUUGGGUGGAAAAAGUUACAUGAGAUUGCUAUUGGGAUUGCUCGUGGCUUAGAAUACUUGCAUAUUGGUUGUAACACCCGCAUCUUGCAUUUCGACAUAAAGCCCCAUAAUAUUCUUUUGGAUCAAGAUUUUUCUCCCAAGAUAUCUGACUUCGGCCUUGCCAAGCUAUUCCCCGAGAAAAGAAGCAUGAUAUCAAUGUCCCAUAUGAUCAGAGGAACACCUGGAUAUAUUGCUCCUGAAGUAUAUUCUAGAAGUUUCGGGCAGGUAUCCCAUAAAUCAGAUGUUUAUAGUUAUGGGAUGAUGAUUUUGGAAAUGGCUGGAGGGAGGAAAAAUAUUGAGGUAGAAGUUGAUCAUACAAGUGAAAUAUACUUUCCUAAUUGGAUCUACAAAAAGCUUGAAUUAGAUGACGAACUUGGACUACAUAGGAGUAUGAGCAAUGAAGAAAAUGAGAUUACAAGAAAAAUGAUUAUAGUGGGUUUGUGGUGCAUACAAACCAAUCCCUUGAACCGACCAACAAUCACGAAAGCGUUAGAAAUGUUAGAAGGGGACUUGUCAUCAUUGGAAAUUCCUCCAAAACCUUAUUUGUCUUCUCCAUCAAGGUUGGGUGCUUCUUCAAUUACAGAUUAA